AUGGGCUUCUGCUUCCUCAGUCCUCUCUUUUUUCUAUGUCAUCUCAACGAUCAAUCUCCUGAUCCCUUUCGUCCAGCUGAGGACAGUUUGGGGGAUAAUAAUCCCGUGGCUGCUAAUCUCGGGACUGAUAAUCCUGAUGAUUUCGGGGCCUGUAGGAUCUGUCCCUUCACUGGGAAGAAGGCAAACAGAGCAAACAAAAUUUCUUUCUCAGCCCAUAAGACCAAGAAGUUGCAGUUUGUGAACCUACAAUACAAGAGGAUUUGGUGGGAAGCUGGUAAGCGCUAUGUCAAACCGCGGUUAUCAACCAAGGCAUUGAAGACCAUAGAGAAGAAUGGCCUGGAUGCUGUUGCUAAGAAGGCGGGGAUAGAUCUUCGCAAGGAGUAAUGCAGCCAUU